AUGGUGGAUUUAGGGGGAGGAUCUAGCUAGCUCUCUUGCAUGUAUUUACAAGCUCUAUAUAGUUAUUAGCUGUAUAAUAAAGCUGUUCUGCUAAAUGAUAUGGAUAAUGUUCUUGAAGAAAGGCACAUCCCAGACUUAUUGGACAUAAUGGUUAAAGUUAGAUCAAAAUGGAGAUUAAUUGGACGAUCCCUUGAUAUCAUGAAUGGUCGCCUAGAUGAAAUAGAACAGGAAAACGUACAUGUAUCCGAGAGGUUUUAUCAAGUGCUCUACAGUUGUCAAAAGAAUCGCAAGCUGACGAAAAAGAUCCUAUAUGAAACGCUUAGUAGGCCAUCAAUGGAAUGUGACGAACAAGUUAUUAAAGUGCUCAGACAAUGGGACCCUUCCGCUAAUAGAGAGAGAGUUAAUGAUUGUGACACAAGCUACAAUGAACAAGAAGUAGAAGUGCCAACAGAAUACAGCCAAUCGCAAAAAUAUAAAAAUCUAAAAAUGCUAUUAGCCGAUAUCAGUAUGAAGACCAUUGUACAAAAAAUUCGAAAACAUAAGUUUGCAGCUGCCACUGUUGUGUUAGUGGUGCUUGCCUUGGUGUACAUGUGCUGGCCUACUUCAUUGAGAAUGAAUCAGUUGCCUCUACCAGCACGGCCUCUCCUAGUAGGAAGGGAGGAUCGUAUACAUAAGAUUGAAGAUGUUCUACUCAAUAAUAACUACAAUAUCAUAUUCAUACUGGGGCCACCAGGAGCUGGCAAAUCAGCAGUUGCCAUAACGAUUGGUUAUGACUUUGUUAGCAAACAUUUGAUGAAGGUGCUGUAUGUUGAUAUGGAAGAUCUGGAGAUUAGGAAUUUGGAAACAUUCAUGACUGACAAAUUAGGGGCAGAAAAUUGGGCAGAAAAAUUAUCUACAAAAGUAUUGCUCAUUCUUGAUAACUGUGACAAACAUACUAUUGACCCUGAUCAUGAGUCUGUUAGAAAGUUUCACAAACAGAUCAAGAAGUGGUUACACGAUACUACUAUGUUGACAGUACUCGUUACAAACCAGGCUGAAGUACCAUGGCCUACAAAUGCUGUGUACACAUUUUCCUUGGACUAUUUAAACGCAAGUAAUACCAACACAUUGCUUCUCCAAAGAAUCUUACAGAUAACCAAGGCUGAAGAUGUCACUACGCUACAAGGAAUUAUUGACGGUAUGCCCCUGGCUGUGGAGAACAUUGCUAUUAUUCUCCAGUCCAGUACGUCCCAAAGCCUGCAGUCUCUACUGUCGAAUUUCAAGAAACCACGUCAAGCUAUAAACAUUUUCAAAAAUUCCAAGGUACAUGUCCCUCAUACCGUUUUAAAAUCUAUUUCGAUUGCAUACAAUAGCAUUCAUGACGAUGACAAGGAAUGUGGGUGGCAUUUGGUACAAAAAUUCAGUGUGGAGGAAUUUGAUGAUUCUGCAGCAAACACAGCUUUCAAGCAGCUUGGAGAUACAUCUGAUUAUGAUGAAUGCAUUAGCAACCUGGUCCAAGCACAACUGUUGAUCACCAGAAUUGUAGCUGUAGAAGAUGUGCAAGACCCUGGUUGUAUGAUUCACAGUACAAAAGUUCUGAUAUUGUGUAACAACCCUAAAGGUUCUAGAACAAAGUAUCGGUUUCAUCCACUCAUUGCCUCGUAUAUACAUGUUAUGACAAAACAACGCACUAAACGUGGGACCGGGAUCCCGAAUAAGAUAUCAGCUUAUUAUCAACAUUUGGUUGAUACUGGACUAAAACGAACUUAUUGUCCCCACCAAUACAUGUUUGUAAGCUGCGGGCAAUUUUGGGUUGUUGCUACCAACGGAAUGAUGGACAGAAUGGCAUCAAAAUAUGUAGAAUUCAAUGAACGUGUACAAAUUGGAGUGCUAGCAACUUAUUGGAAUCGAGUAAUAUUCAAAGGUAUUGAAUUCUCCUCAAAGAGAAAUCCCUAUGUUAGUACAUUCAUCAAUGCGACUUUAGCAACAUGGAAAACAAAAGAUGAAAAUACACCAGGCUUAUUAGCAGCAUAUGUAUUCUACAACCAUGCAUCGCUACGCAUCACAUGGGAAGCCAAGAAUGGACAGCAUCAAUGCUUUUGCCCUGAUCCAAAAGAAGCAGUUAAAAAAAUGAUGCCUAGGAAAAAGUAUGUGGACAAUCUGUACGCUCAAAUUACAAACAAUCACAUGGCUUGGUCUGCUAGUAGAUCGUUCUACCUGGACCUAACAUGUUGCUGUAGGGCGUUGGGUGAAUGUGAACAUCGCUGGAGGUACUGGAUUAAAGGAAUAGUUAGUCAAACUGCAACAACAAGAAUGUUCUUUCAGGAUGUCAUGAAAAGCAAAUGCAGUGAUAAGGUUAAGGGCCUGCCUCCAACAGUACCAGUGAUCAUCGAGGGGCUUUGGCAUUACGAGUUCACAAAAGAGAAGGAUAAAGCAGCUGAAAUACUAGAAAAAUAUUUACAAGAACAUGUUCAUACUGAUUGUCCGAUACUCAAAUUAGCUGCGAUUAUGGUGCUUCAUAAUAUUUAUCACGAUACGGAGAACGAAGAAUAUGACGUUGCUCUUGGUAACCACAUCAAUAACAGCAGUGAACUGAUCGAUACAAGUAUCGCCAACUAUAAACGUUUCUAUCAAGAGGUUAUCAUCCCAUUCUUGCACGAAAUAGGCAAAAACAAGAUAGCUACAGAGCUCGCCAGCAUGCUUAACUCACCUCCCUCCAAAACUGUCAAGGAGAAAACAUUUGAGUGUAGACUUCUUUAUCAACACCACUGGGAAAACUUUCACGAGUUUUUUUGCUUGACACUAUAAAUCUACAUACUUAGAUGUAAGCUUAGACUGCAUAAUUACGUUAUUUAUUUAACCUUAUAUAGCCAUGUAUACUAUUACAAUCGCACAUAUUUUAGCAUGUUAUAUUAUUGAUCUGUUUAUAUGAAAGACACCAUUCUUAAGAACUCAGUUGGAGCAUAAUUAUUAUUGCA